ACCCACUCUUCUGGUUUACAGCGUGACAGAAAGAUUGCUUAGCAGCACCUUGGGUGACCGGCAUAGUAAACUUCUUUUUUUGUAUUGUAUUUCAAAAAUCCCGCAUACCCACGAGAAACAUUUUACGUUAUGGAGGUGGACUGCGCGUCGCUGCUUUCUUGAGCUUCCUGAAAUGUUCGCGACAAGACCUACUAUUUUCAAUUUAAAUCGGCUUUUUCUAAGGUCAUUAAGCUUGCAGCUUCGUGAUUGCCAACUUUGGUCAGCUGACUGUAGUGAGAUUUUUAAUUUCGAGACAAGUCUGCACACACAUGCCCACUUAUCCACGGAUUGCCGUCUUUCCUCCAGCCGUAAUUAUUUUAAGCAGGAUGGGGAACUUUUCGUCUUCACCGGGAAGCCUGUCUAGCGCACAGUGCACCCAGUUAAUCGAGGAUGUGGUGUCUCAUAACUGUGUGGUGAUCUUCUCGAAGACCACUUGUCCAUACUGUAAAAUGGCCAAGAAUGUAUUCAGCGAAAUAGGGGCAGCGUACAAGGUGAUUGAGCUGGACGAGCACCGUGAUGGUAAACUGCUUCAGGAGGCCCUGACACAUAUCACAGGUGCAAGGACGGUGCCAAGAGUGUUUGUCAAUGGGAAAUGUAUCGGCGGCGGCUCUGAUACAAAGACGCUCCACGAACAAGGGAAACUGGCCUCCCUAGUUGAACAGUGCGCCCCCUGCUGUGCAAACAGUGAAGGUUCAGGCAGUGGCCAUGGUCCAUAAAGCUCUUGUAGUUUCUUUGGCAACUUAUACAAUGUUUUAUUUUUAUUGUUUGAAUUAUUAAUUUAUUCCAUUUUAGUUUGGUUUGUCAGUAUAUUUACAUUUUUAUGCAUACCUGGAACUUCUGGAUCAUUACUGGGUACAGGGAAUAGCACAUUUGUUAAGGUCUGACUAUUUAGAUUUAGUGUGUUUUCCAUAUUUUUUUUUGUAUCCAGUUCUUGUUCCACAAAUGGAAAAAAGCAUGAAUUUAACAAACAGUUAAAAUUCACUUGUGAGAGUGAUGUAAGUGUUUGGCUUGUUCACACAGUUAUAUCUUUGUAUAAGGAAAAAGGAAGGUGGACUUGUCUCUCCCAAGUGUUUCCCAAGGUGCUAUGGUUAAUAGCUAUCAAUUAAAAUUCAUGCACUUAAAUAUUGUA